AAUUGACAUUUUUUCCAUUGAAGAUGUAUUUGGCCAUUAUUUAAAUGCAACAUUGAUUUUCUUUGAGUACAGUAUCAUCAGCCAUAUGGUAGGCACGCACCACAGAAAGACAUACGUUUGUACUUUACAAGACCCUGGAACUGCUGAGGACACUUUUUAUGGUAAAGAAAAUAUAAAUUGUGUGGUGUCAAUAGGGAUUUGGCCCAAACCCAUCAGUGCAGUUAGACAGUAUAGCUGAAAUGACGUGAAUGAUUCUACACUGAUGAAGAGCCAAUAAAUAUAUCAACAAAACUUUUCAAAGCCAUUGAGAUAAAAAAGGAAUCCAGUCUGAGGGAUAUAUUAAGACAUUGAAAUCGUCCAAGCAAGAUGAAAGAACAAGAGGCAAAAAUAUAAUGUUUAAUUUUAGUAACUGGACAGAAAUGAACUACGGUAAAUCACCUGCAUGAAAAGAAACUAGUGAAAGUAAUCAUUAAAUCUUUUAGUUGAAGCUCCUUGUUUUUCCAACUGCUGUGAACUCCUUCGAGCUCCUCUGGGGGAAAGUGAUGACAGCUGCUGCCUGUUCAGUAACAGCUACCUUAAUUGUACCAUGCCACUGUUUGCAGUGGGGAGACCAAAGUUAAUUCCUGUGUGAAUGCAGAAACAGUUUGGUUUGCGCCUAACCAAGCAUGAAACACUUUGAACCGGUUACAUUUUAAUUGGCCUUACCCCAUGGGGGACUGAAGUGUGUUAUUGAGUUUGUGGGUGCAGUUCCUUGCAGUCAGCUGGUAGCACAUGAUCGCAGGACAGCAAAGUGCUCAGUUCUCCUCUGAUUGGAGCUGCUUGUGAAGUCUACUUAUAUCUCUCACCUUUAUCACUGAAGCUCAGAAUACCUGACCAAAAAAAAAUAAUUUUUUUUCAAUGUCUCAGAAUGUGAUUGUGUUUUUGGUUUAGGAUCACUGCUCAAAAUUGUCACUUAUCAUCAGGAUGGAAAACCUCACGCCUGAGCAAUGGCGCGAGAUUAUGAACAAGAAGAUGCAGUUCCCUCCGGAGCUCAUCAGUGCAAUUCAGGAAGGGAAAAUAGAGCUGCUGUGUGGACUGUUGAAGACAGGUGAUGGGAUCAUCCGGCAGCUGGAUGACUCUGAGGACCGCCAGUGGAGAGAGGCCCUCAACCUGUCCAUCCGCCUGGGCAGCGAGGAUGCCAUGGACGCCCUCCUGCAGGGGGUCAAGUUUGACUUCCGUCAGAUUCACGAGGCCCUGCUGGUUGCUGUGGACGCCAAUCAACCCAGAGUGGUGAAGCGUCUGCUGGACCGCCUGGACCAAGAGAAAGGCAACAAGAUGGACGUACGCUCCUUCUCUCAGGCCAUCUUUGACCACUCUAUUGACAACUCCCAGUUCGCCCCUGGCGUGACCCCUCUGACCUUAGCCUGCCAAAAAGACCUGUAUGACAUAGUCACCAUGCUAACCCAAAAAGGUCACGUCAUCCCACGGCCACAUAAGAUAUCCUGUGCCUGUCUGGAGUGCCGUAACGGGCGGCAGUAUGACCUGCUGAAGUUCUCCUUGUCUCGUAUCAACACCUACCGUGGUAUCGCCAGCCGUGCCUACCUGACCGUCACCUCUGAUGAUGCCAUGCUCAGCGCUUUCAGUCUCAGCAGAGAGCUGCGCAACCUCUCGCAAAAAGAGCCAGAGUUCAAGCCUCAGUACCUGAGCCUGGAGCAGCUUUGUCAGGAGUUUGCCGUUGAGUUGCUGGGCAUGUGUCGCAACCAGAGUGAGGUGACCACGAUCCUUAACAGCUGUGGAGACGAGAGCCAGAGUUCCUUAGAAGAGCAGGCCUUUGAGGAGGGAAUACCCAACCUGUCACGACUGCGGCUUGCUGUCAACUACAACCAGAAGCAGUUUGUGGCGCACCCAAUCUGCCAGCAGGUACUUUCAUCAAUCUGGUGCGGGACCCUGGCAGGCUGGAGAGGCAGCAGGACGGCCUGGAAGCUGUUUGUCUCUGUGGGGAUCUUUCUCACCAUGCCCCUCCUCUGCCUCAUCUACUGGAUCGCGCCAAAGUCAAAGGUAGGAAAGAUCCUAAAGAUUCCUGUGAUCAAGUUUCUUCUUCACUCAGCCUCCUAUCUGUGGUUUCUCAUUACAUUACUUGGAGAAUCAAUAACAAUGGAGUUGUAUCGAGACAAAUUUGCUUCCCGGCAGCAGAACAUCCUGCACAGCUCCUUCCACAUGGUGUGGGUUGUUGGAUUCUUCUGGUAUGAGUGCAAGGAAGUGUGGAUCGAGGGGCUACGGAGUUACUUCCUGGACUGGUGGAACUGCUUGGACAUGAUGGUGCUCAGCAUGUACCUGGCAUCAUUUGCAUUGCGUGUGCUCAUCAUGCUCAAAGGUUACUUCCUCUGCCAUGAUCAUAAAGGCACAGAGGAGUGCGUUUAUUUCACCCAGACUGUGCGUGAGGACUGGCAUCAGGAGGACCCGCAGCUGAUUGCGGAGGUGCUGUUUGCAGUGACCAGCAUGUUGAGCUUCACACGGCUGGCGUACAUCCUGCCAGCCCAAGAGUCUCUGGGAACUCUGCAGAUCUCCAUAGGAAAGAUGAUUGACGAUAUGAUGAGAUUCAUGUUUAUAUUGAUGAUCAUUGGAACAGCCUUCCUCUGUGGGAUCAACAAUGUCUACGUUCCUUAUGUCAUCUCUCCGCAUCUUGGCAGGUUUAAUGAGACCUUCCACUUCUUAUUCUGGACCAUGUUUGGCGUGGCAAACCAGGAUUAUGUGGACAUGCCACAGUUUGUGUUAGCAGAGUUUGUAGGAAGGAUUCUGUAUGGCAUCUUCACGCUCGUCAUUGUCAUCGUCCUGCUCAACAUGCUUAUUGCUAUGAUCACCAACUCCUUUCAGAAAAUUGAGGAUGAUGCCGAUGUUGAGUGGAAAUUUGCUCGGUCAAAGCUGUACCUCAGUUACUUCAGAGAGGGCCUCACCAUGCCUGUGCCUUUCAACAUCAUCCCUUCACCCAAAGCAAUCUUUUACAUCUUAAGGGGCUUCUUCAGACGAAUCUGCGGCUGCUGCUCUUGUAAUUCUGAGCAAAAAUAUCCCCCUAUAGCCUCUAUGUCCAACGAUAAGGGAUCUGAAGACAGCCAGUUGCCUUACCGACAGCAAGUGAUCAGGGCUCUGGUGCAGCGCUACAUUGAGUCAGCUCGCAGGGAGUUCGAGGAGACAAAGAGAAAAGAUAUCGGUAAUCGCAUCACUGAGCUGAGCAAAGCGGUCUCCAGAAUGCACAGUGAUAUGAAAGUGGUCCAGCAGCUUCUUUUGGAUGAUGGACACAUUGCAAGUGAUGCAUUGACCAAGGAUGGAGGAUGUUUUUCCUCCAUACUGGGGAAAUACAUCAUUGGUGCAAAGAACAAUUUCAGAGGUUUUAACAGCAGACAAGAGGGCAAAAACGCAUCACUUAAAGUGACAGUGCACCAUGAAGAGGAGGAGGUGGAUAAAGAAAACAUUGACUCAGAUACAAAGCAUGAGUCAGACACACAACAGUAUCAGGUGGGUGAUUGUGGAACAGAGGGAUCAAAGCAGGUAACAGACUAUGAUGUGGUGAAGAUGGAGGAAGGCAGAGCUAAAGCAGAGGCAGGAGGUGAGAAGAAAACUGAGAAAAAAGAGCAGGUGGAAGCAGACAAAACUGAAAAUACUGACAAUAAAGUGAAAGCGGAGGGGGCAGCAGGAACAAGUUUUGAUAAUGUGGAAGAAAAGCCGAAAGCCGAGGCCGCACAGGAUGAGGCGGAAAAAAUAACGGAAGAAGAGAUACUCGUGGCGGGGAAGGUGGGUGGAAAACACAGAGAGGCAACUACUGAAGAAGCUGAGAGCGUCAAAGUCAGCAGUGAAAAGACGGAUACAAAAAAAUUAGCAAACAAGUUCAAAGACAUAGAGCUGCAAGAAAACAAAGUGGAGGCAAGAUGGAUGAAGGGUACAAAGUUCGAGCAUAAUGUAGCAGAGGAGUCUGGUGUCCGUGAGAGCAACGGAAAACCUGGAGCCAAGAAAACCAUUCCCUCCCCAACGGGCAGCAGCAGCUCCCAGGACACGGGCUUUGGUUCACAGGAAGGGGAGGGAUCGAUCGAUGGGUCACUAGUGAGGCCGUAACCAUACCAAUGUCCCGUUUAAAAGAUCACACUGACUUUUUCAGGGUUUGGUCCUUUGGUCAUCUUUUCCAAUAUUUGGGAAGAGGGUUUGUGCUACGGCUGCACAAAUAAUCACUGCUGACUACUUGACUACUUGGAUAUACGUGAUUUCAGCGGACAGCAAUGGUUUGGGUUUCCCCAUGGCCUACAGCUUCAUAAUUUAGGCCCUGCUAGUGACAGGGCUAAAGUUGGUGAAAUGUUCCAAAGCUACAGUACAUAUUUCAAUGGCUACAGACAUAAAAAUAUUUUUACCCCUCCAGUCUAGAAUUGUCUAGAUUGGUCAAAAUUUCCCCUCAACCAAAACUUAGCUUUCAAGAUACCUUGUCAAAGACGUGAGUGCCAGCAAAAGAAAUGUCAGUUUGCAUACAGCAUAUUUUAUAGUCAUAAAAUUUGUUGAGCACCAUCAUGCUCCCAAGAGAUUUGAUUAUAAUAAUCCACUUUCAUAUUGUGAGGUAAUAAGGAAUAUUGCUGCCUCUUGGGGUUGCUAGCAGAUUUUUAAGGACUGUUAACAGUUUUGAAAAAAAAAUCUUUAAGUAUUUUUUUCUUUUUUUUGUAAAAUCUAACGCCUUAUCCUCUAAACAAGUCACAUUUAGACUUAAUCAUGAAAGUAUCAUAUCCAUUCAGCUAGCUAAAUUGCAAUUUUCUCAUUUUUGGAAAUAAUGCUUGUCUCUUGCAAUUACAUACCAAGAAAGAGAUCAUUUUGUUGCCAGUCCUCUUAUCACAUGUUAAAAUGACCGAUGGUUUUAACACCCAAAAAGUCAGUGUACACCUUAAAUUCAGCAGCCUGAAGAGAUUAGUUUACCAUAGCAGACCAUGUACACCAGCACACCUCGAUAAGCAUCAGUGGCAGUAAGUUGGGGUUACAGUGCUAAUUAGGCCACUGAAAGUAGUGACCACCUAAAACUGCAAACUAGGGGGGAGGGGUUCAUUUGUCAGAUUACGGCAAGCCUGUCACAGCUAGUUGCUCUGCUCAUUUACACUGGGUGUCCCUGUCCUCCUCACUGCCAUUUACUAAGUUCACUGUUUAAUAGCAAAGAUUCUGUCAGUCAGUCUGGUUUCUCGCUGUAUGAUAUUCAGAUAUCACAUGAAAAUAGCCAUUUUUUCCAUUAAAGUUUUGCACAAUAAAGUUUCUUUGUAAAACAAUGGAAUACUUUAAAAUGACAUUUGGCUUUUGUCUCUGUAUUUCAUGAACCUAGUGUAGUGUAGGGGAAUGUUACUGCUGUGUUCUGAGGUUAUGAAUUAAUGUUGCCUUAGUGUUUCUUUUUGGUAGGCGGCAGUCCUACAUUUGAUGCCGCAGCGCAACAGUGAAGGUCUCAGCUUGCUUUACACAUACUGUCCCCCUGAGGCUGCAUCCAUGAACACAUCGGCUCAUUAAUUCCUCACCUGCAGCAUCUGCUGCCCCAAGGCACACUAUAUCCAAACUUUUCCACUGGAAAAAAAACCUUGGCAUGUAGCCCUUUGUUGCAGUAUUGCACAACUGAUGUCAUCACCAUUUCCACUUUCAUUUUGGGUGCCGUGAGCCUGUUCUUUUGUCCUGAUCUGCCACCUGAGUUCAGCACAGAAGGUUAAACCACACUCCAACAUUAUUCACCAGAUGAAAUGAAUUCAUGUUUUAUUGGCAUGUUGUAUCACCAGCCAAUCACAAUUA